AUAUGUGAUGAUUUUAAUUUACAGCAUGAAAACUAUAAAAUUAUUAUAUUUGGCAUAAUUAUACAAACAUUUAAAUAUGUGAGUAACAUUAAAAAUAUACAGUAAUUAUGUAAAACAAAUAUCUAUAUAUAUAAAUGAGAAAAUAUAUUCCCGCACGGUUGUGCGGGUGGAAAUCUAGUAUAAAUUUUAAAGUUAAGUUACACUUUUAAAAAUUGUAUCUUCCCAAAAUGUAGAAAUAUUUGUUAUAAAAUAUUCAUUUUCUUCGAUGAUUUAUUUUCUCAAAAUCUGUAUAAUACAAUCUUUCAAAAUUACUUAUUAAUCUUUAUAAAAGUUUAAAAUAUAAAUAUAAUAAUAAUUUUAAUAAAUUCAGUCCGCAGCGUAGCGCGGGAACCAACCUAGUUAUUCCCAAAUCCUUUAGAAAAUAUGUUGAUCCACUAAACAUAUAUUAUAUAUUUCUCAUUAAACUAACUAUAAUAUUAUUUAACAAUCUAAUUAAUAUUUUUUGUUAUUUUUUAAAAUAAAAGCUACAGAAUUAAUAAAAAUGAAUAUAAUAUAUAUCUGACAAUUAAUAAUUUUAAUAAUAUAAAUUUGAUAUCAAUUUUCACAUCCUCCAUUAUUUUUUGUUUAAUGUUGUAUUAUUAAUAUAAAUUAAAUAAUAAUGAUAGUCGUAUAAUAAAAAUUUAAAUUUUUUCGUGGCGUUUCCCGGAUCAGACCGUGUCUCUAGAUCCAACCAAGGCGCGUGGCUUAUCUUACGGCCACAUGGGACUUACGUCAGCAGCGGAAAAACCUUGGGGACGGCUCGAGGCAUGGCGUGAGAUAGGAGCCGUCGAUGGAUUGGGUGACAAGUUCGAGCUCGUGACGGAUAACAGUACUAGCACCGGCGUUCCUAUUGCUGAAGGGACAAUGAGCACAAAGCAAGGAGGAAAGCUUAUUAUCGACAGGAGAGUGAGUGGACAAGGAGAGUCGCCGGCAAGAUCAUCGCCGGUGAAAGGGUUCGUGAUGGGAUCCAGCGUUGAAGGAGAAGGGAAAGUGAGCAAGCCCGUGGUGCACGUGGGAGCACAGCACGUGAUUUGCAUGGCAGACGCAGCUCUGUUUGUCGCUCUAUCAGCUGCCGUUGACCUAAGCGUCGACGCGUGUCAGCUCUUCUCUCGUAAGCUCCGCAAGGAGCUUUGUCACGACGACCAAAGCUCCCUCUCAUGAAGAAACCAGAAGACAAUGACACAUACACUUUGACUUAACAAAAACCGAUCUAUGAUGCUUAAUUUCGGUUUUUAUUAAUUUUCUUGAUCAAUUUGAUAUGUGGAAAUUCAAAAUUGAAAGAAAGAUGUAUAGACAACGAUCUUUGUGUUGUCUGUAUCAUAUUUAUUUAUUUAUUUUGUGUCUCAGUUGUGUUGAUUA